AUGGUUAGAGACGAGAGCGGCGUAGGACAGUCUCUGGCAGGUCCUGCGCAUCGGAAUCCGCGGUCGUCGUUGCAGAAUCCGACGCCGGAGGGCCCUGGCGCCAUGGCCGGCAGCCUUGUAGACCCUUCGUACGAGCUGAUCGACCCUUGUCCGGACAUUCACGCGCUUUUCCUCGAGUUCGACGCCCGGUUCUUCCAGGGCGCCCUCGCCUGCUGCGAGGUCCGCUGGAGCCCCCGAAUGUACUCGUGAGUCCCGCAUUCCACCCAAAUCUGUAAAAAAAAAAGAUUAAUUUGCGCCAGUUUUUCACUUUUUUAUUUUUCUCCGAGCUACAGAACCCUUCCGGGAAGCUCCCCUUUGAGUUGCGCGGACUGUCUUUGAGCAUGCGCCUUUAAUUAGGGCUGUAAUUUUCGUUGUAUUAAAGGCGCAUACACAUCCCUUUCAUGCGCACGGACUGUUUCUGUGCAUGCGCCUUUAAUAAGGCGUCUAAUGUUUGUCAUCUUAAAAGCGCAGAUCCUUCCGUCCUAUGUGCAUGGAGUGUUUCUGUGCCUGCGCCUGCGCCUCUGAUUUGUCCUAAAUUUUUGUCAUAUUAAAGGCGCAGCUCCAUUAUCUGAUUCCGCAGAUUCUUUCGAAACAUGCAGUCUAUCUCUGUGCAUGCGCCUUUAAUUAGGUCUAAAAUUUUCGGUAUUUUAAAGGCGCAUGUACGUCUUUUCCAUGCGCACGGCUUUUCUCUGCGUGUGCGCCUUUGAUUUGCCCUAAAAUAUUACUCAUAUUAAAGGCGCAGAACUCCUUUCCGAUUCCGCAGAACCUUUCGAUGCGCGGGGACUGUCUCUAAGCAUGCGCCUUUAAUUAGGACUACAGUUUUCGUCAUAUUAAAGGCGCAGACUCAUUCCUUCCAUGCGCACGGCUUGUCUUUGCGUAUGCGCCUUUGAUUAGUCUUAAUAUCUGGUCAUAUUAAGGGCGCAGAACCAUCUCUUCAAUGCCUGCCUCUGUGCAUGACCCUUUAAUAAGGCCUGCAAUUCUCGUUUUUUUAAAGACGCAGGGCCCGCGCGUUGAAGGGAAGGGUACUGUAGCUCCGAGAAAAGAAGAAAUAGUGAUAAACUGUCGCGAAAUGAGCUAUCUUAGAGACUAGAUGCUGUAUAAUCUGUUCAAAAAGCCAAAUCAUAAUUCCGUGUUCAAAAUAAUUUCGGCGAAUUCAAAAUAGUCGUGAGAGAUUGAAAAAAAAAAACUGGUUUUUAGAGGUUCAAAGAUAAUUUCCAAUCGCGCGAAAAUUACUUCGAUAACGGUGUUUUUAUUGAUUGAAAAAAUGUGAAAAAAAAUUUUCGAAAAUGAUUGCUCAAGUUUUUAAAGGUUUGGAAAAAAAUUCGGAGAUUUCCGUGUUUUUUGAAACUUAAAUCAAAAACUUAGAAAAGGUAUUCAGGCUAAAUUUUACCAUGAAAGCGAGUGUCGUUGUGAAAUUUUUAAAAAAAUUGAAAAAAACAAGGUGAGAAAUUUCUUUUUAAAAAAAGGGGAAAUUCGAAUUUCUCUCGAUUUUUCAUCAUUUUUUUAUUACAAAUUUUUUUGAAUUGGUAAAUAAAAAAAUAUAUUUGUAGAGGAAAUCUAUCAUUUCUGGAGUCUCAAGGUCUUAAAAUGAUCCAAAAAAGAGACUGAAAAAUAACAGCCGUUCAGUAUAAUUGCGUCCUUAGGAAAUGGCAAUUUUCCAUUUGAAAAUAAUCUGAUUUCAAGUUUUUUUUUGUCUCUUCUGGAAAUGGCUUAUACUCAGAUAACUGCAGUGACUUGUUGAAUUUCAGGAAAAAAAAUCUCGGAAAAUAAAUUUUUUAUGAACUUAAUUUUCUUCAUAAAUUCAAAGAAAUACGUAGAAGUAAUAUUAAAAACCUUUAAGAAUGGAUAUAUUAUUCAAAAUGCAGAAAAAAGACGAAAAAAAAGUUGAAAAUGUCAUUUUUCCAAGGCGAAAAUUAUUCUGGUUGUCUGGCAACCAAGUUUUUCUUCCUUUCUUUGUUUUCCCACUUUUUUUGUGUAAAAAAAGAAGGUAAUUGGUUUUUGAAUUGAAUGGAGAAAAAGAUGACUUUCGAAAACAAAAUUUAGAUGAAUCAUGGGCAUUUUUGAUUUUUUUGAACUUUAUUUAAAGUUAAUAUCUUUUUUUAUUGUAAAAUCCUAUCAGGUCAUAAUUUUUUUCGAAAAAAAUUGGAUUAACCUUUGAAAAUUCAAUAGACUAUUGAUAAGAGAAAAAAAGCUCUAGAAUUCAUGUAAAUUUUUUUAUUUUCCGUUUUUUAUUUUGCAAAUAAAUUUAUGUUUUUCAACGACCAAAUCCUUUAUUUUUUUAAACGUCAAAAUUUAUCGUGUAAGUUUGUAAUUUCCCAGUUUUUCUAUUGAAUUUUGAAACCCAAUAAGCACUUCUACCAACAAUUUAUUGUUUAAAAAUUGAGCUUAAAACAAAUUUUUUCGCCUAAAUUUUCAUUUUCGCGCUUUUUUCCGUUAAUGAUUCGAUUCUGUAUCAUUAUUUAGGGUUAAUAAAUUUAUUAUUAUGAUUAUUGCUUUUUUCACAUUUUUAGUUAAGAAUUAAGGUUAAAACGGAAAGUUUUGCCCAGUUUUUAAUUUUUCUUGAAGCUCUUAAAAUUCGUCAUCUUCUGUUGAUGAUUCAGUUUUUCAUUAUUAUUUUUUGAACAAUUGAAAAAAACCUAUUAUUAUAUUUAUUGUGAGGUUUUUUUCUCAUUCUUUCCGUUCCAGAUGUGCUGGGAUUUGCUCCUACGAGUCCCGAGGCGGCCUUUGUUCCAUUCGCCUGAGUAAACCUCUAUUAUCGCUUCGGCCAAGGAAAGAUCUUGUGGAAACUCUUUUGGUAAGAUUUUUUUAAUGAAAUAGAAGAACUUAUCAAAAAAAUAAUAAUUUCAAUAAUAUUUGAAAAAAAUUCAGCGAACGAAUCUGAUUGAAGUAAUUUUUUUCAUCGAAAAGAUAUUUGGAAAAAAAUCGAAAAUAUGUUUGAAAAAAACUGUUUUUUUCUUAUUCUACUAAAGAGACAUUUCUUCAAAAAUUCGUUAUUUUUAAGCAAGAUUUUUUUGAAAAUCCAAAUAAAAUAGGCCAAAAAGAAUUUUUGAAACUUGUAGGAUUUUUUUCAUUGCAAUAAUAUUCGAAAAAGUGUCUAAUUUUUCCUUGAAAAAAAUGGGAAUUUCAUUAAUUGGCUGUUUCAAGAAAAAAAUUUUUCGUAUCCUUGAUUUUUUUGUUCAUUAAAUUGUUGUAAAAAUCGAACAGAAUAAGUUUUGAGUUACUUUUUUUCAUAUAGUUUGCUCAAAAUUAGUUUUUUUGAAUCUCAUCGAAAAAUAUGAACCUUAUUUUUUUGAGUUUAUUCAGUGCAAAAAUCAUGAAAAAAAUAAAAUGGAGAAAAAAAUGCCAAAAAAAGCCCUGAAUAUUGAGAAAAAAAUGUAGAAAAUCACGAAAUUUGUCCUGAAAACUGAAAAAAAUGGACAGAUUUUUCUUUAUAUUGAGUGCUCAAAAAAAUUUCAAUUUUUGUCAAAUUUUUUCGAAAUUAUAGACAUUGGUUUAUGACAAAAUCGAAAAAACACAUAAAAAUUAAAAAAACAAAUCAUUUGUCCUGAAAAGUGAAAAAAAAAAAUGCUGAAAAAAACUGCUUUUUUUAUGAUCUUUGUAUCAUUUAGUAGAUCACAAAGGGAAAAAAUAACAAAAUCUGUGCUGAAAAGUGAGAAAAUGUAAUGUAAAAAAUUACAAGAUUUCUCCUGAGAAGUAGAAAAAAAAAUUUGGAAAAUGACGAAAUUUGUUCAGAAGCUUGAAAAAAAGGGUAAAAAUUUACAAAAUUCUCGUGAAAAUUGAAAAAAAAAAUGGGCAGAUUUUUCUCUCGUGAUUGUAGAAAAUUUGGCGCUCUCGCGAAUUUUUGUUGUUUUUCACAUUUCUUUUUCUUUUGCCCGUGAUGCAUAUCUUAUUUAAUCCGCUGGGGGGUUCUCUCGCCAAUUUCUCGCAUAAUCUCUAUUUCUCUUUUCGCAUAUUUCUUUUAUUUUUCUUAGAAAUGGCCCGGGAAGCCUUUGGAGAUUUUAUUAAUGAAUGGGAGGCUUCUGAGUUAGUUUUGAUAGGAAAAAAGAGGGGAUUUUUGAGGAGAAAAUUGAAAAAAUGAGCCGAUUUUUUCAGAAAAGUUUCAAAUUUUGAAUAAAAUUGCUUCUAAUAUUUUUUUAACGUUUUUGGGGGGUGUUUUUAACAUUUUUUUUUUCAUUUAACAACACGAAAUAAAACCGAGAAAGUUAAAUUUAUCAAGCUUUUUAUCUAAAAAAAUUAGGAAAAAAAGCUGUAACUUUCAAAAAAACUGAUAAAAUGACUUUUUUAAUGGGUAAAGGACAGCUAAAUUGAAGAAAAAUUUGAAAAAAAUGUCAUUUUAGAAUGGAAUUUUGUAAGCUUUUUUUACUCGAAAAAAAAGGAUUAUUUAUAUUUUUACUGGUCAGAGAUGAUUUGAAGUGAAGAAAAUCUAGAAAAAAAUGUGAAAAAAAUAUUCCGAAAAGUUCUCUUUUUUUCACAUUUUUCUUCAUUUCACAGCACAAAAAUAAACCGAAAAAUUUUGAUCACGAUUUUUUUAUUGAAAAAAAUGUUUUUAAAAAAAGCUGUAAAUCUUCUAAAAAAACUGAAAAAAAGAUUUUUUUAAUGAUAAAGGACAGCUAAAUUGAAGAAAAUCGAGAAAAAAAUGGGAAAAAAAUAUUCCAAAAAUUUCCUUUUUUUCACCAUUUCUUCAUUUUUAGCACGAAAUGAUCCACGCAUUUUUUUGUUCGUAAAGGAAAGAAAUCGGGACCGAGACGGGCAUGGACCCCAUUUCCAGUCCCACAUGAGGAGGUUCCGAAGAAACGGCCGCAUUUUCGAGAUUUCCGAAAGGUUUCAGGAUAAAUUCGGCCGCCGGGACGAAUAUUACAAUCUAUCACACUUUUCACGCCGAAGUCGCGCUGUACAAACAGCAUUGGUGGAGGUAAAAUCAAUGAUUUUUUAGGUUUUUUCCAAAAAAGUUUGUAGUUUGGUGCACUUUAAAAAAAGAAUCAGAUUUUUUCGCUUUGAAAUUUUUGAGUUUUUGAAAAAAUCCUAAUGUAAGAUCGUCUAUUAGAGACUUGAAAGAGUGAAAAUUGGAAUAUUAGUAAAAUACCAUCAUUUUCCUGUUUCACAAUUAGGGUUUAAUUUUCAAGGAAUUUUUGAAAAUUGCUGUCAGAAUGGUAUUGAUUUUAGAAAAUUUUAGAAAACGGUCGGUUUUUUUUCUGUGGUUUUCAAAGGAGUUAACGGUUUUCAAGGUACCUUUUCUCAUUAUAUGACAAGUUUCGAAGUCAGUUUUUCGAAAAUUUCGGCCAUUAUCUUUACAAAAAUUCGCUUUUUCUGAAGUUCUCUACUUUCUGAUUCACGGCUGGCUUGAGCCAUCAAAAAAAGGGUCCUGACACGAAAAUGGAAGAGACAGUGCCUGGUAGGUGGAGAGCGCAGACAGGCCACGCCCCUCAGAAUCCCAAGUCAGGCUAUAAAAUUCUCUCAAAACUCGAUGAACACUAUUUCGCACUUGACAUACUUCGAUUUCAGGUCAAAUUAAAAAGUUUGACAUGAAAUUUAUUGAAAAAAACACGAAAUACACAAUUUUUUGGUUUUUCAAGACUUAAAACCUAACCGCAAUCGAGAUCUCCACGCAUUUUAGACGCUUAAAAAAUUCAAAACUGAAAAAAAACUUUUUUCCAAAAAGUGUUUCCAAAAAGUGACCCGAACCGACCGACUUUUCCAACAUGCUUCCAGGAUCACUUAAGAGGUUCCUCAAGGGCUACACUAAAGAGGCCACUGAAACCACCUCUAUAGGGGCCACUAUAGUGAUUUCUAGUGGUCUAGUAGUACCAGUUAGACUUCUAAAGAGGCCACUAAAUUUUUGCCACUUAAGUGACCACUAAUUCGACUACUAUAGUGGCUACCAAAACGUCAAAACCCUAAAGAGGCCACUAAAAGUCUUCCCAGUGAGAUCUCUUCCUCAAAACAUCUCGAUUUUUGUGAUUUUCAAAUUGUUUAAAAGUCGAUUUUUAAUUUGAAAAAAUAAACAUUUUUUGCUGUUUCACCCGGAAUUUAAAAUAAAAAUUAAAAACUCCUGUUAAUAGACAGCUUCCUAGAAAUAUGCAGAUUUUGAAGAAAAUUGAUUUUUUCAAAAAUUGGUCCUGGCACGAUUUGAAAUUACAAUUACAUUGAUGGGAUUUUGAAGUUUUCUACAGUAACCUGCGCUUUUUUUUGUUUAUUUUACAGUAUCUAUAGACAGUUUCAAGACUCGGAAAAAUACGAUUUCUAUGAAAAUUCAUAUUUUUCAUAUUCUAGAUGCGAAGGCCCUUGCCAAAACCGCCGUCCAUUUUUCGGAUACGUGAAAAGAUCCUCAAACCGAGCCCCCGGACCAAAUGAUCUCUGGUGGGAGAAUCAUCGGAGCUCCUGUGGAGGUGAUUUUUAUCGAUUUAUUGACGAUUUUUAGGUUUAUAGGGAUGCCAGAGUGGUCCCUAGAGGGGUAAGAUUCCCUUGAAGGGGGACAAAAAGGGACUAAUUUCCGUUUUAGUGGCCACUUCAGUAGUUUUUCAUCCAGUGUUCCUCCCAGUAACUCUGAUAAUUUUAAAACAAACAUAUUGGAUCAGUUUUGUUGAUCCAUUGAUCCCUAAAGUGGCCACUUUUAGUGGUUCAAUAGUAGCAUUUCGAUCUCUAUAGUGGCCACUAAUUUUCAACCUCUCAAGUGGACUCUAAUUUGACUACUAUAGAGGCCACUAAAACGUCAAAACCCUCCUCUAAAAAUUUUCCCAGUAACGUAGGCCAAUUGAGCUCCUAAAGCUCGAGUGACCCCUAUAGCGGUUUUGAAAAAAAAAGACAUUCUCGGAAACCCCAGAGUGGUCCCUAUAGAGGUUUACGUUCUUGUUCUUGCGCCACUAAAGCUGAAGUGGUCCUGGUAGGGGUCUCUUAGUUUUUUGCUUUUUUUGAAAGAUAAAAAAGUAAGAUCGAAUAACCCUCUGUUGUCGUUUCUUCAUUCAAAUAACCCUCGCCCUCUAGGGGCCACUCGGGCGUUCUCACAUUACUUUUGAACUUUAAAAUCUUUGAAAAACCUUGAAAUGACUAGAAUUCUGGUGUUGGUAUGAAAAAAAAAUGAUGAAAGUCCAAAAAAUGGCGAUUUUAAUCAAUAAACUUACGUUUAGUGUGUAUUCAAGGUUUAUUCCAAAGCUUGAAGGUUUGAAAAUAAUGAUUUUUUUUUAAAUUUGUCCCUUUUUUUGAUUAUUUUCAUCGUAUAAAAUUGAUUUUAUUCAUAUCAUUUUCUAUCAUUUUCCAGGAGCCUUCAUCAAAAUCAAAGAACCUGACGGAUAUGGCCAAAAACGCAAGAAAAAUCAGCCAACUCUUGAGGUUUGAAAGAAAAAAUCAAAAGAAAAAGAAGAAAAUUUCACAUUUUUAGGCCCCGAACAACAAGAAAACCUCGCCCAAGAACACGCUGGAUAAUUAUUUUGUGAAGACAAAAAAUAAAGAAACCAAAAUUGAGGAUAAGAAGCCGAUCGUACCUUUCAGUGGACCUGGGGUCAAACUCGGCGGAACCUCAAGUAAAAGUUAUUUUUUUUUGGAGAAAAAAUGCAGAAAAUCGGUUCAGGUUCUGUUCCGGUACCUUUUUCUGGAGCUGGACGAGUUCUAGGGGGAGCUGGAGGAGCUGGAACAGGCUAUAGUCAAGUUGGAGGAGCACGGGCUGGAGCUGGACCUUCUGGAGCUCAAGUCGGAGCUGGAAGAGGCUCGAUCUUGACUACAAAUUGGACUCGAGGAGCUGGACCAACUGGAGUCCGAAAUGGAGCUAGAGGAGGUCCAAAUCGAGCUGGUGGGGUUGGAGCUGAAGCUGGAUCACCUGAGACCCGAAAUGGAGCUGGAGGAGCUGGAAGAAGCUCUAUCCUAGUUGGAGGGGCACGGGUUGGAGCUGGACCAACUGGAGAUCAGAAUACAGCUGGAAGAGGCUCAAGCUUGACCACAAGUUGGACUGGAGGAGCUGGACCAACUGGAGCCCGAAGUGGAGCUGGGAGAAACUCAAACUCCUCUACAAACCGAGCUGGAGCAGCUCCAACAGGCUCAAGAUCAACUAUCGAUCGAUUCGUGGUUCACGGAGAAGCUCGAAUGGAACAUGACGUCAUCGUUCUCGACGACAGCGACGAUGAGCCUCAGGACAACGGGUUUGAAAGUGAGUUUUGUGUUUCUGUGAAAUGAUUUGAAGAGCUUUUUGGGUUUUGUUUUGAUAGAGAGUGGUCAUAUAGUCUUAUUAGCAGUCACAAUCCCAAGCUUUUUUUAAAGUUACUUUUUCAAAAAGAUUUUUUUCAGUUUUUUUGGUUUUAAAAAAACCCUGAAAAAAACUCAUAGUUGAAUAAAUCUUGAAAAUAUUCAUUUGAUAUAAUAGAAACUAUAAUGAAACAGAUUAUUAAAAUGAACGUUAAAAUUUCUGACAUCAAGAAAUGCGCCAUGCCAAACUUGAUUGACGCGUUUUUUUGGGUUAGUGACGCAUUCUCGGUGUUUUUAAUCUUACUUAAAAAAAAUUCUUUGGAUCAUUUUUUUAUUUAUUUGAAGCUUUUUUUCUUCUGUUCAUUCUUCACUAAUUGAAUAUUAUAUAACUUUUUCAAAACUCCAAUCACGUAUCGUGAAUGAGAAACGUGUUUCGAGGAAAAUGCCGUGUUUAGAGUAGUUUUGGGGAAAUCUAAAUUUUCAUUGAUUCUCCAACAAAAUUCAUCUUUUCCACUCUACAACAGUUAAUUAAAUUUAGCGGAAUUUCUUUAAACUUGGAUGAAAAAUGAACGAAUGACAUCAAAAACGCGUUCAUAACCCGAAAUGCGCCAAAUUAGCUCAUUAUUUUCAAUUUUUCAUCCCCAUUCUUUGGGGUUUUUUGUAAACUUUUUCCGCUGGUUUCACUCUGAUUUUGUUUUUCAAUUCAGUACUAAGUCGUCUGUUAAGUUUUGAUCAUUCCAUCAUUUUUAGUUUAAAUGACACAACAAAUUAAAACUUUUUUAGAACCGCGACGACGAUCAAGUUCGCGUGAUUCCGUGGAAUUUUCCUUUGUCGUGCAGGGCAAAGAGAACCGCGUCGUUUGUCCUUCUUGCAACGAAAUACUCGACGAGAUGCUCAUAAAUGCCCAUUUGGACCAUUGCCUUGGUUAA